UACACGGGCAUAAUAACUUGAAUCGUUGAGAUUCCGAGGUGACCCUGAACGUCGCAGCAGCCUUGUCGUUGCUUUAUUCAGACUUGUACGCUCGGUUCUCGGCGGGAAUGUAGUUCGUGUGCACCAUGCAGCGUCUGUUCAAAUGUUGGACCUUUCCAGACACCGACCCUGAACGCGGCGGAGGAGCAGAGUUCAGGCUUCUCUGCUAGCUACAUCGGAAGGAGCACCAUAUGCUACCUAGCUACACUGUUAGCAUUUUAGCAGUUACUCCGUGUACUUGAAGGCAUCACUGAGUCCUCAUAGACUGCGUAGGUUACAGUGCUACAGAGAGCAGUAACAUGACGUCAGCUUCCACUAAAGUUGGUGAGAUCUUCUCUGCAGCUGGAGCUGCCUUUACCAAACUAGGAGAGCUCACCAUGCAGCUUCACCCAGUGGCAGACUCCAGUCCUGCAGGCGUUCAGACGAAGAGCACAGUGAAGAGGAAGCUGUAUGAAGAUGGAGCUCCGCCCGCCUCCUCAGACAGCUCUAAGAAGGUGAUCAAGAAAGCCGCCACUGCUGUCGCCAUGGCAACGCAGGGCACUUCCACUGUCAUCUCUGUGCCCGUGGCUCAGGUCGUCGUGGCCUCAGGACUACAGAGCUCCCCCUCCGGCCAGCCCUCCCUGAAGAAACAGAAGACUGCAGAUGUGACCCUCAGUGCUCUGAAUGACUCAGAUGUCAACAGUGAUCUUGUGGACAUCGAGGGACUGGGUGAAGGAUCCAAUUCCAAAAAACUCAACAACUUUGAUCAAGAUAACCUGAACCUGGACUCAAGUCUCAUCAUGAAUCCCGGUGACCUUCCGCUGCUCUCCCGUUGACCUUUCACUUCCUGUGGACAAACUAUGAAAAGAUGAGCCACGUUGUGAUAGACUUUGAGCCCGAUGAUGCUGACCACACUUUAGAGGAACUGUAGAAGUUUUGAACAUUGUGUUGUGUCACACAGAACCACAUCUCAAUUCUGUGAGACUUGUUGGCACUGUCAAAAACGUUAAGGACUCAUUUGAAGUUUUCUUUUACUAUAUUACUUUUUAUGUCAAGAUGUUUCUAUGGUAGACUGUUUCUUUUCCUCUUCUGACUUUUUCUUCUGGAAAUGUCCAGAAAAUCCUAAAAAUGUAGACUUCAUGCAGGACGAUUCAUCUUUCUUGUUUUCAUAAAGAGAAAUCAGGAAAAGGAACAGAAAGUCUCAGCUGCAUUCAAGCGCUCCUACUUUACUGUUUUUGCUUUUGUGAUGCAGCUGUAUUGUAAAAAGGUCAUCAUUCAGUCAACAACAUAAACACUGAUAUUUUAUUGUAUUAAAUGUUCAAUGCAAAUGUAACUAAUUAUUGUAUUAGCAGAUGUAAAUGUUAAUGUGUAUUUUUAACAUGAAUCUGAAUGUUGGUAGUAAAGUGUUAGAGGCUACAC